AUGGGCGAGCUGGGCCCGGACGAAGGGGCCGGGAACACGUAUAGCCUGCGGCCCGGCCUCCAGCACCGGUUUAAGUCAUCCGCAGUAAAAGAAUGCAUCCAUGUGAUACUGAAGGAGAAGCUCACCAACGUACAGUACAUCCCAGAAGAAAUUCCUGAGCUUACAAAAUCUUUAUCAGAGACAAUAAAAGACAGACUGAAAGAGGAGGGAUUUGACAGGUACAAGAUGGUGGUGCAAGUUGUCAUUGGAGAGCAGAGAGGAGAAGGAGUGAAUAUGGCUGCACGAUGUUUCUGGGAUGCUGACACUGACAGCUGCGCUCACGACGUGUUCAUUAAUGACAGCCUGUUUUGCGUGGUGGCUGCAUUUGGCUGCUUCUACUAUUGA